AUGUUGCAUGGAGUUAUCCCUCAAACACUUUGCAAACUUCACUCCCUUGUUAAACUCAAUGUACAUGGAAAUGGUUUGAGAGGUCUUAUUCCACACUGUUUUGGAAAUUUAUCCUCACUUAGUUACGUGGCUCUUACCAAUAACAUGUUGGAAGGAAAUAUUCCAGAGACACUGUGCAAUCUUAAAAAUUCUCUUGAAGUACUAUUUUUAUCCAACAACAAUUUGGGAGGUGUUAUUCCACAAUGUCUUGGAAAAUUGAAAUUUUUGGAAACUUUAGAUGUUUCUAAAAACCAUCUUAAAGGCACGAUAGCUACAACUCCAACCCUUGGGUAUCUCAUAAACCAAAAGAUAAAUUCCAGUUUGAUUUAUGAAACAGAGACAUGGUUGUGCAGUUUGAGUUACUUGCAAUUUCUUGAUCUGUCUGAUAAUAAUUUACACGGUCCACUACCGGUGUGUUUAGAAAACUUCAGCAAGGAACUUACGGUUAUAAAUUUAUCAAGAAAUCAAUUUCAGGGAACUAUUUCAGGAGCAUGCACAAAUGGAAACAACUUGUUGUAUUUCAAUUUGAAUGGCAACCACUUGGAAGGGUUAUUGCCCCGAGGCUUGGUAAAUUGCAGUUCUCUUGAAGUUUUAGAUCUUGGAAACAACAAUUUAAGAGAUUCAUUCCCUCAUUGGUUAGAUACUUUUACUAAUUUGCAUGUUCUUGUGUUGAGAUCUAAUCACUUUUAUGGUGAAAUAUUAUCUUCGAACACUGCACUUCCAUUCCCAGAAUUGCAUAUAUUUGAUAUCUCACACAAUGAGUUUAUUGGUCCUUUGCCAAGGCAUUAUAUGGAGAAUUUUGAUGCCAUGGAACAUGGCAAUGAUGGUGAAAUAUUGGAUUACUUUUAUGAUGAUUCAAUAAGCCUAGUGUGGAAGAGGGUAGAGCUUCAGGUGUUGCAUUAUAAUAUUUGCACAGCCCUUGAUUUAUCUAAUAACUACUUCCAUGGUGAAAUUCCAAAAUCUUUAGGAAGGCUUCGUUUCAUCCAGUUUCUCAAUUUAUCACACAACCAGCUCAUUGGUCAUAUUCCAUCAUCAUUGGAAAAUUUGACCUUUCUUGAGGUACUUGAUUUGUCAUCCAAUCAAUUAGUAGGAGGGAUUCCUGAACAACUUUCAAGAUCAUUGACAUUUCUAGCUGUAUUAAAUCUUUCUUAUAAUCAUCUUUCUGGUCCUAUACCUCAUGGUUUCCAAUUUGACACAUUUAGUAAUGAUUCCUAUCUGGGAAACAUGUCUCUAUGUGGGUUCCCCCUAACUUUACAAUGCGAAAGCAAAGGUGAAGGGCAAGCACCGGAUGAGAAGGAUUCAGAAGAUUUUGGGAUGAAAUUUGAUUGGCAAAGUGUUGUUGUUGGAUACUGUUGUGGCUUUACCUUUGGUAUUGCCAUAGGAUACUUCAUAUUUAAGUAUGGAAAACCUCGAUGGCUUAUAAGGUUAGUGGUUGGGAACUGA